AUGCUGAAUCAAUAUGGAGACUCUCCGAACGAGACUGUUGCGCCCCAUCAGAUUACCCACUCUCCCAAUCCAAACCCUCGUCUUCGACGGAUAUCCAUGGCUGACAUCCCGGACGACGUUCUCGUACCGAUCUUCCGUCAAGUCUUCAAUUGCACAGGUCAACGCAAGCCCAAGACGGGGAUACAUUUCCCAGAGUCAGUUGCCUCUGUUUGUGCGCAAUGGAGGGCAGUGAUGUUCUCCGUGUCGGAGUUUUGGAGCGUUUUGCUCAUCGCUACCGACCCCGAUUCAGACAAGCCCACGCCACUUCGGGGUCAAGUCGAAAAUGUCACUCCGACCACCGGGACUCUAGAGGCACCCAUUUUGGAGUCGAUGGACAUUUAUGGGGGGGCCUUGUGCCAAAUACUUGAACGUGGAACUCCAAUGCUCCCCAAACUCAAUGAGAUCAUCAUUGAUGCGAGCUUUCACAACGGAAAAUAUACAUUCUCACUGGUCGAUUUCGUUAAGCUGCUGCCUAAACUCCCGUUGCUACGCACGCUUCGUUGCGACAGCGUCGAAUUGGCUUCAUCUGGCGAUGAGCUCCCCCCACCCGACCUCGGAAGUCCUCCACAGAUCGAAGAAGUGGAAUUUACAUACAUGAACGGCAAGGAUAUAGAGGCGAUCAGUUCAUGUUUAGGCCGGCCCACAGUCACCCGUGCUCAUUACUACGGUUGCACCUUCCCGCGACGGUUCAAGCUGUUCCAUACAUCAGGAUCAUGCCUUCUGACGAACAUGCUGAACCAUAGGAACAUCGUUCCACAAAGAGAUAUCUUUAACUUCUUGAAGGACUGGAAUGGCCCACAGUGUUCCACACUCCACAUCGAGAGCAGCCCAUUCUCGGUGGACAUCGUCGAAUACCUGACCGGGCCUCUACCUGACGGUAGCUGGGCAUGCCCGAACUUGACCGAGCUCGUUCUCUCAGGUUUUUGCUAUGGACUUUCCAACAGCGAAUCGGCGCAACGAGCCCUUGUGAACAUGAUCAAAGCUCGCUACGCCUUCAAUAACAGCACACAACUUCCACCACAGGGACAUCCUGACCAUGUCGUCUCGUCUUUGACACGGCUCACGGUGGACGACAAAGGACGUUUCCGGUGUUAUCUUGAGGCAGAUGAUUUUGAAUGGCUCGACGCCAAUCUCGUUUCCGUACGUUGGGGUGAUUGGUCAGGGGGUAACGGGGAGUACUUCAAGUCCAAGUCUUCGGUUGAGGGACCUGACAGGGAGACCUACGCAUAA